UCCAUCUUUUUAAGCCUUCAUUUUUGUCUUGCACCAAACCAUAACUAGCAUUUCCCAAAUGGGUUGUGCAUCAUCACAUCUGCUAAACCAUGAUGAAGAUUUUACCAAAAUCGGUAGCUCGGCCUUGGGCCACCAUAUCGUCUCUCUCACUUCCACCACUUACGGUCUCUUGACCCUCGACCCAUUGUCCUCCAAAACCAAUGUCUCUUCUUCCGUCAUCUCAAUCUUUCCUAAAUCGGAAUCCGAGCCCAUAUCAGAACCACCACCUGAAGUCAUUAAUUCGUGGGAACUCAUGGCGGGUCUUGAUCCCACACCAGAAAGCUUCCGCCUUUACCCAAAUAAGAAUCUGAUAUUUCAACAAAAUUCACAUCUUGAUCAUAAGAAUCUGAAAACUCAAGAAAAAUCAAAUCUUGAUCAUAAAAAUCCAAUUUUUCAAGAAAAUUCAAAUCUUGAUCAUAAGAAUCUAAUCUAUCCAGAAAAGUCAAAUCUUGAUGAAAAGAAUCCAAUUUUUUUAAAACCCAUAUCACCCAAGACAUUUUCACUUGAUGAAUUUGAAAAUCUUUGCCCACCAAAAGGGGAAAACAAGGUAGUAUUGUAUACGACAACGUUAAGAGGGGUACGCAAGACGUUUGAGGCUUGUAAUGCCGUGAGGGCGGUAUUGGAAGGAUACGGGGUGUUUGUUUGUGAAAGAGAUAUAUCAAUGGAUCAAGGUUUCAAGGAAGAAUUGAGAGAACUUUUAAAAGGGAAAGAUCGAGUCGAAUUGGUGCCACCACGAGUGUUUGUCAAGGGUAGAUACCUUGGUGGAGCUGAGGAGGUGCUUAAGAAAAUGGAGGAAGGAAGUUUGGGUAAAUUACUUGAAGGUUUGCCAAAAUCGAAAGGCGGGUAUGUGUGUGAAGGUUGUGGUGGGGUUAGGUUCUUGCCAUGUUUUCGGUGUAAUGGAAGUUGUAAAAUGGUGGUGGAUUGGAAGCAAGAGGGCGGCCGAGAAGGGCAGAAAAGGGCAGUUGUAAGGUGUGGUGAUUGUAAUGAGAAUGGACUAGUUCAUUGUCCAAUUUGCAGCUGAUCCCAUCAUGUUUUUUGGAUUUGCAAAUCAUGGUUUAAUUUAGUAGUAUACUAUUAUAUUCUGUAGUGUUGUAACUGCUGAUGUUACAAUGGUGUAUGUAUAUUGUUCAGAUGUAAUGUAAUAUUCACUAAUUGAUUAAAAAUGAG